AUCGAUAGGAACAGUACAAAACAUGAUGGUUAGCGACGAGAAAGGCAAUAUUCCAUUAUCUUUUAUUCCACAUAUAGAAGAAGUGGCUAGUACAGACUUAUCUCAUUGGCAACAUAUGAUUGCUGGUGCAGUUGCAGGUCUUACUGAAACAACCCUUAUGUUUCCUUUAGAUACCGUGAAAACUCGUCUACAGUCCAUCACAGUGAACACUCCCAACCAAGGACUCUUUUCUUGUGUCGCGGAGAUUCUACGAAAGGAAGGAUUUCUUAAGCUAUGGAGAGGUAUUGGAGCUGCCUCUAUGACAGCUGGUCCAGGACACGCAGUGUAUUUUGCAACAUAUGAAAUAGGAAAACAACUAUUUUCAAACAAUGUAAACGAAUACAAACCACUUGCCACUGCAGGAGCAGGUGCGUUAGCUGCUUUGGUUUCCGAUGGUGUUUUUAUUCCUUUUGAUGUUGUGAAACAAAGGAUGCAAUUGCAGAAGACUUCAACCAGUUUCUUUUCCGUAGUUUCUAGAGUUUAUACAGAAAGGGGUAUUGGGGCUUUCUUUGCUGGUUAUACUACUACGCUAGUGAUGGAAGUUCCUUAUACAGCUGUUCAUUUUGCGACGUAUGAAGGAGUCAAGCACUUUCUUUUACAUUACAGACAAGUUCCCGAACAUCAGUUUUCCAUUUCUAGUCAUUUGAUUGCUGGAGCUAUGGCUGGAACUGUAGCCAGUGGACUUACGAAUCCUUUAGAUGUCGUGAAAACUCGUCUCCAAACGCAAGGAGAAGUAACAUCAUCUUCAUACAAGAAUAUGUUGCAUGCGAUGACAAUCAUUUUCAAAGAGGAAGGAUUCAGAGGUUUUUUACGAGGUGUCGUUGCUCGGAUGCUAUUUCAUGCACCAUCCGCUUCCAUUUGUUUUACGGCUUACUCUGGAUGUAAGUUUUUAUUCGCAAGUUUUUCUUCUGCUAGGAAUGACUCUACCGUUCCAACUGUGUCAUCUUAAGAGGAGAAUGAAUGACCACCCAUGACG